GAGCGCGCGUUCUGUUUCCAUUUUGUACGUGGGAAGCGAAGCCAUCAGCGCCAACUUGAUUGUGGGCACUAGCUCCGCUCCGCCGUUGCCGAAUCAGCGCGAGCCCCCGCAAAAGGCUGCGGAGACGUCGACUUCGCCGCCUGGUGGGGUCGGCGUGGGAGGGGGCGGGGCACCGGCCCGGUGGGGAGUCUCUGGGGCCGUGGAAAGGAUGCCAAAGAAGAAGAAGAAAAGUACAGAUGGGCCCAAUUCCCGGGCCCAAGAUCAGGAAGAAGAAUCAAGGGGCGAGUCAAAUGCCAAGUUGAAACGCAACUUUGGUGAUGCAUUUAUUGUUAUAUCUGACAGUGAUGGAGAGCAUGAGUCAAAGGAGGAAUAUGAUCUGCAGAAGAAAAGAACAAAGCAACAGCUGGAUAGAGCGAAGACUACAGCAAAGAGAAAAAUUGCACAGAUGACAGAAGAUGAACAAUUUGCCCUGGCUCUGCAAAUGAGUGAGCAAGAAGCCAGGCAGUUGAACUCACAGGAAGAAGAAGAGGAAGAGCUCCUGAGAAAGGCUAUUGCUGAGAGCCUCAGUAGCUACCAGGCCUUUGAUUCUUCCGCUGCUGCUCUGCCUCCUCUUGUCCAGGCACCUGAGUCUCCAGCACCAAGCCACCCAGCUGGACCAGAGACUUCUAAGCUCCUCACAGCCCUGCUGCCUCACUCUGAAUCUCUUUGCUCCGAGGGCAGCUCCCCUUCACCCAGCCACAGAGUUGAUGAGAAUGGACAGACAGAUGUCGCCAAGAGGCCCCUUGUAGUCCUGACGAGGUUGAGCCAGGAGAUAGUUGAAAACUCACUGGUCUCUAGCAUAAUUGUACCUCCAGGGAAGAGCCAGCCUUUUGCAAGAUCAAAUGAAGGGUCUUCCUCACCAGCGGGCAGUGAUUCCAGUGACACACCACCCAGUCUUCAAGACCUGUUUGCCUUAAGUCCUACCUUUCCACGAAGGCCUCUGGGUGCUUGGCCGCUGGCACCUCGGCGCCUCUUUGCAGGAAGGAGCAGUCCUUCAAAACCUGCAAGCCAGGAAACAGAAAAUCAUUCCCAAAAUUGUUCAGAGAAAGACCCUCUUCCUGGGUGCUCAGAAGCCCUAGUAGAAGUGCCUGAAAAGCAUAGCACUCUAGACCACCAUACCAGUCGCGAUUCUGAGCUUGAACAGCAGAUCCAGCCUAGGGAGAAGGUGGGUCUUUCUAUGGAGUCCCUGAAAGGAACUAAAAUGCCAGAAAAUGUCUCACCACUUUGCACACUUCAAAUGGCAGAUGAGAAAGACAAACAAGAAGAGGACCAAGACACAGUACAUUAUUACUGGGGCAUCCCAUUCUGCCCUAAAGGAGUUGAUCCCAACAAAUACACCCAAGUCAUUUUGUGCCAGCUUGAAGUUUAUCAGAAAAGCCUGAAACAAGCUCAGAGGCAGCUCCUGCAGAAGAAGAGGUUUGGGGAGCCAGUUGUUCCUAACUCAUGUACUUUGAGCCAAAAUGAACAUGGUAUGGAGGAGGAGGAGGAACGUUUUAAGGGCAAUGGAGGUGUGGAUGAACAGGAAAGAGAAGAUAUGAAUGAUGAAAAGGAACCUGAGAGUGAAGCUUGGCUUCUUUCCCCAACAAAUGGAGGAAUGGAUAAAAAUCCAAAGCAGAAUGCAGCCAAGGGAGAAAACUCUGAGCAGGGAGAUGAGCCUGUUAGCAGCUCCUGUCAGGCCUCCCAAGUACUGUUUGCAGAAGAUGUCCUUGAAGAAGGAGAGCCCAUGCAGAUUACACAAAGCAUUUCUGCUUUGACUCCCCUGGAUAGCAAGAGAAGCCCAGACACAGCAACUGAGAAUCGUGCUGAAGAAGAAAUCACCAUUUGUCCUGAGACCCAGCCGAGUCCAUCGCAAGCUAUUGAGCCUGAGAGCAGAGAAAUCCAUUCAUCCAGCAAAGAUGUGUCUCUGCAGGCUGAUGCAAAUGAAGACACUGGGAAGAGUGUGACUGCACCCAGCCUUCCAGCUGAUGGCGCUAUCUCAUGUCCAUUGUGUGAUCGCAGAUUCCCAGUUUUGGAAAUUGAGCGACAUGCCAUGUAUUGUAAUGGCACAGGAGAGGACACAGAAGAUGAUGCUCCAGUGAUGACCCGGCGACAGAGGGAAGCCAAGAGUAGAGCUGCCUGGGGCAAUGAGACGCCACAACCUGCAGACACUGGCAAGUAUGAGAAGUGUUAUCUCUGCAAGACUCUGGUGCCACUGAAGGAGUACCAGAGGCAUGUUGAUGGCUGCUUUCAAAGGUGCUCCAAAAGUGCUAAUGGAACCCAGGGUGGUAGGAGGCUGCGGCGUGCAAAGGGCGAGGGAAGAGGUGAAGGCCAGCUCCUAAACAUGCUGGAGCAAUCCGAAAGCAAAGCUGCAGAUGCAGAGAUGGGGGCCACACCAUCUGGAGAAGACUCAAGGUGCAGCUCACCAGAGAUGGACAAGGAGGCUGAGCGUGGCAAGGAUGACUGGAGCCAUUUUCCCCAUGCCUCUUGCAGUGAUUCUCCUGUUAAAUCCUUCACCUCUAUUUCGGAAUCCAAAAACUGUCUAGUAGACUUUAAAAAACAGUUGGCCACAAGCUCAGGCAGUUGGCAACAUACCAAAGCCAGCUUCAGGAGAAGGAAAAAAUUCUGAGUCUUAUACAAUUAGAAAGGGAACUCAAAGUGGAAUAGGAAGCAGAGCUUUCUAUUCUACUGACUUUGCUUGGCAGGAAGAGUGUAGCCUCCCACACACCAUCAACCAUCUCUCUUCUGUACAUUUUGUAUGAAUUGUACAAGCAUUUGUCAUGAAAUGAAUUGAUUGUGGACUUUGUAGGUGCCUAUUCAACCUUGUUUUUCAGUUACAAAAGAAAAAUAUAUUUAUUAUGUUUUUAUAAACUCCA